AUGGAUGAUUUAGCUCUCCUUGACCUGUUGGAGUGUCCUGUGUGCUUUGAAAAGCUCGACGCCACAGCAAAGGUGCUACCUUGCCAGCACACUUUCUGCAAGCCCUGUCUGCAGAGGAUCCUGAAAUCCCAGAAGGAGCUCAGGUGCCCCGAGUGCAGGACCCUCGUCCUCUGCAGCAUCGAGCAGCUGCCCUCCAACCUGCUCCUCAUUCGCCUCCUGGAUGGAGUCAGGUGUGGACCAAACAUUACCAGGUUUGGCUCAAUCCAGAGGUCGGGGGUCCUGUCUUCCCCUGCCUCCAUCAGGAGAGUCCCCAGGGGGUUGCAACUUCAUCAGCACCGGCUGGCGACAAAUCCCAGGAUCCACAUGGAAGGGGUCCCACGAGCCAAGGCUCUGUACACCUACCGAGGGCACAACCCCGGGGAGCUGAGGUUCAAUAAGGGGGACAUCAUCAUGCUGCUCCGACAGCUGGAUGAGAACUGGUAUUUGGGGGAGGUCAACGGGAUCAGCGGUGUUUUCCCAGCCAGCUCCGUGCAAGUCAUCAAGCACCUGCCCCUGCCACAACCCCUCGGCAGAGCACUCUACAGCGUUGACCUGAGGAGCAGGGAUAAGGCUGAAAACAAGGACUGCCUGACGUUUCAUAAGCCAAACACCACUGCAAGGCAACUCCUGCAGACCAGCAAAAGCCACUGGUCCCCUCAGUUUAAGUGUGCGUCCCUACGAACAGCGUCUCCCAAAGCGAAGGGCACGGAUUCAUCGGCUUUCCCGAAGGUGCCCGACUCCAGGCGGAAGAGCUUGCGGCAGUUCUCCAUCACCACUGCCCUGAACACCCUCAACCGAAUGGUCCACGCGCCCGCCGAGCGGCAGGUGCUGGAGAUCAGCUCCCCUGUGCUCAUCAGCUCCAGCAACCCCACCGUGGCCACCCAGAGCAGCGAGAAAGCGGAGUUUCCCUAUGGCACCCCUCUCCAGUUACGGGCAGUCUCUUCCCUGCGAGUUCUCUCCACAAUAACAGCAGUGCUCAAAUAUUUGAUGCAAGUGCUGGUUGAAGAGGCUUCAGGCAAACAGCCGCCGCUCACCCAAGGCCAGCAGCAUCAGUUCUUCAGCACAGUUAAACCCAGGAGCUUCAGGAUGGGCUCCAGCCAUCCUGCCCGGGGGGCAGAUGCAGCUCCGCAGGCUGCCACCCCUCCCCUCACCCCCUGUCUCCCCAGGUGCGUGGCUCUCCAUCCCUACGUGGCCCAUGGACCAGACGAGCUGGAGCUGCAGAAGGGAGAAGGGGUCCGCGUCUUUGGGAAAGACCACGAUGGCUGGCUGCGGGGCAUGUCCCUCGUCACGGGGAGAGUGGGGAUCUUCCCCAGCAACUACGUCGCUCCCCUCUUCAGCAGGAAAUCUAACCUCUCUGACUCGAAGAUGCCUUCCCUGUACGCCUCGUGGACGCUAUCGACCUCCUCACUCUCCUCUCAAGGGAGCAUCUCAGAAAACGGCCCGAGACAAAGCAGAGCCUUGAAGCCGGCGCUGCUGCCCGUGCCCAUCACCUCGCCUGGGAGGAGUACGGCCACGGGACAGGCAUCGCGGCGCGGACGCGGCAGCACGAGGAAGACGAGGCUGGCAAGGUUUAUCUUCAGCCCAUACCUGCUGCUUUGGAAUAGCUGUCCAAACACACUUGGAAAGAGGCCGGGGCAGGCAGGGCCCCCCGUGCAGGUUGCCGGCUCCCUCAGGCGUCCUCUGACGGCGGCGUUGCGACCUCAGCCAUUUCAGCUUUAUCAGCACGUCAGCCCCCAGCCGCACAGCAUCCCUCCCGGAGCUGGUAUGGCUGAGGCAGGAACAAGGCCAAACUUCUCCCAUGAAGCUUCACCGGUGCUCGUAGUCCGAGGAGGGGAGAGCAGAACCCCCUCUGUGUGCAGCUCGGUGAUCCUGGAUGCCAAAGACCCUCCAGCAAAGAGCGAGGCAGCUCCAAAGCCACCUGCGUCAGCCCCGCCAUCCAUCCUGGUGAAACCAGACACCUCCCGCAACAGCUCCGAAAAGCACCACAGCCCCCCACCGCCCAAGCGACACAGCCUGCAGCCCUCCCCAAGCCUGCCACGUGGCAGGACGGAGCCGACAGCCAUGGUGGAAGCUCUCCUGCCAGAAGCCACCCUGCCGGGCCCCGAGCUGGCGGUGCUCUACUCGCCCAGGACCAGCUCCAGCCCCCUGCACCAGCGACGGGCACUGCACCCGAAGGCGCUGUCCCUGGACCUCUCCGGGCAGCUGACCUUCCCUGUCAAGAAGAGCUACAGCAGCAUUUCUGCAAACUGA